UUAUCAAGACACCAUGGGCCCGCUGCACAUACUGCGGGUUUUGGGGCUUACCCUUUUCUUCGUAAGCAAGCUGGUCCUUUCUCAAGAUAUAGCAUGCAACUCCGCUCUUGGCAUGGCCAGCGGCGGUGCCAUCAACACCACCCAGAUGGUGGCGAACGGUUACCAACCAGGCAACCCUAUCCUCGAUAAGGCGAGAUACGGUUGUUGCGUAGGAGAGACACCAGGAGGGUUCUGUGCACAAGGCAUCGACAAUCAUUGGUUCCAAAUAGAUUUUGACGUGGUGACUGCCUUAACGAAGUUUACCCUGCAACCUCCAGACAACCGACUCACCGGCUAUGUCAAAUUUUACCAGUUAGAUUUCCAGAGGAGCGGAGAAGACAAAUGGUAUACAGUUGGGACCAAUUCAGGAGCGAAGAAUUUUAUUGGAAUUUUUAACUCGAGUACCUCUUCGAGUUCGUCGAAAUUAACACCUCCUCUCCUAAUGAGGAAAAUUAGGUUUAAACCCACGGACUUUUCUGGUGCGUCACCGUGCUUUAGAUUCGAGCUGUACGGAUGCCCAGCAACUGAUCUUUGCCCCGACGGCUGCCUGAAUGGUGGGGAUUGCACAGGAAUACGGACUUGCACCUGCACACCAGCAUACGAAGGUGCUCGAUGUGAAACUGCGAAGAUAACGAUAGAUCCGAUCACGUGCCAGUGGCCUCUUGGAAUGAAGGAUGGUUAUAUCAAAGACAGUCAACUCAGCGCAUCAUCUAACAACGCUGAUGUGUCUAUGGGUCGAUAUGAUUGUUGUACAGAUCAAGAUUUUGGUGGUUGGUGCCCCGCCAGCGGUCAGCCGGGUAAAGGUAGUUUCUAUCAGAUUGCCUUUCCGCAGCCAAUGGGCAUCACAAGAGUUCUAACCCAAAAGCCACAUCGUGGACCUAACGCCACACAGGCCUUAAGUUAUGUCGCAACUUACUGGCUGGAGUAUGAAGAAAACGGUAAAACGACUUUCGUCAAGUACAAAGAAUUUGGAACCGAUCCUUCUAAGCCUACGUAUAUAACCGCAGCCAAUGCUACUAAUGAUUUCAAGACUCGCCUCGGGAGCCCAAUAUAUACAAAAAAACUCCGUGUUUACAUGUUCGCAUACAUGGGCGAUUCCCCGUGCGUGAGGCUCGAAUUAUACGGAUGCGACCCAAACGGGUGCACUCCCCCAUGUCUGAACGGUGCCAACUGCAACACCAAUACACACAAAUGCAUCUGUAAGCAUGGGUAUGCUGGGAGGCAGUGCGAGCUCACAAGACAGACAAUAAACCACUACGAUUUGACCUUCUUCAAUCUCACGGGCGACACCCUGUUCACCGCGUCCGGGACCUACCAAGUAAGCGGUAAUGUCACAAUACAGGACGGUGUCAUCGGAAAGACUCUUACCAUCGACACCGCGUCACAAUACGUCGAUUUAGGGAACUGGCGAGAUAAGUGCAUGGGUGAUCUGGAACUGUGCUCGUACGGAAUUGGUAUCUCCCUUUAUGUAAAAUUCGAAUCGAAUAGGGACAUGUACGUCUUGAGCAGUGGAGGAGACCUGGCAGACUCCUACGGUGUGGCAAUCUACAGGAAAUCGGGAACAUUCUACUUCGUGGCCAGCACUAAAAGAGCUAAAUGGACCAUGGCGAUAUCGGAACCCUUGAAGAACCAAACAUGGCAUAAAUUCCAAAUGUUUUGGAAGAAAGAAGGUUCAGGUCUGCUCGAAGUCUACAUUGAUGGAGACAAGGUGAAACAGAAUGUGACGACAGAAGUCCGGAACGUUCAGACAUCUGCAGUGACGAACAUGUACUUUGGGAGAUCCGCGGGGACCACGAGGAGGAAACGAGAUAUCGUGGAGACGGACAUUUUGAUUGAGGGAACCGAUUUCUGGGAAGUAGAUCUUGAGAUUUUGACGGAACUCGAAGUCGUGAAAGGUUUUCCCGAAAUGACCGCUGACCCAAAGCUCACCGUAUCCAUGAAAGACCCGAAGGAUGGCGUCCAGGCACCCGUUGAUGUUAACUGUGAAAUGCCUUACGUUAAAGACCGUUUGGUCAACUAUGAAGUGGAAUGGAUCCUGGAUGGUGCAGUUAUACAUAAAGACAGUGUGACUGAAGUAGGCGGUGUUAGCGUACUGACGGAAGAGAUAUUGAAUGGCCGGAUGAACAUUAAUUCGAAUCUUCGCUGCAAAGUGCGCACAUGUUUUUCUUCGAUCUGCUUGGAUGAGAAGAGUCCUCCGAGAUACAGUUUUACUCUGCAACCAGAGGUGGAGCUGAUCACACCAGACAAGAUCACAAUCGAAGAAGGUGGCAGUGCCGGUAAAGUGGACUUCAAAUUCAACCUCCCACCUCGGUUUUUCUGUGGUUGUAACGCAACCCAGGAUUGUGACAUGCGCGUUUCAGUCACCAUACCCAAAACACCCAGGGAUAUUGGAUGCGGAUCGGGCCAAAUCAUUCCACAGGCUGUGAUUGGCUGGGAAGGGCGUGAUCUUACGAAUGCAUCUUGUGGCGUAAAAAUCACGGAUUCCAACUGGAACGAAACGCUGACGGCAAUUAUAAAAGCCAAACUGGACGGAAAAGCAGACAAUAAUCAGAUACGGAAUAUCGAAUUGAAGGUUCACUGUUACUACAAUGAGACAACAAUCACUACUUCUUCAAAAACACCGACAACAGUCCAGGUGACGGUGAUAGACAAUGACAAGCUCGCAACCUGCCAGUCGAUCAACGAUCCUCACAUGCGCACAUUUGACGGCAGGAGUUACGACAACAUGUAUGAAGGAGAAUUUGUAUUAUACCGUCACCGGACUCUCCCCUAUCAGGUCAACACCUUCUACAGGAAGUGUGGACGAAUUCCAAGCUGUAACUGCGCAGUCGCCAUCAAAUCAGGAGAUGACGUCAUAGCAAUCGAUAGGUGUGGCCCAAAGAAGGGAAAGGGAACUCGACCAAUCACAGUUGAUCUGUAUAAAAAUGGUGACCUCACCCCUGGUACUAGAAUAGUGAGAUUGAAUGGUGGAAACAAGUACCAGGUAACCCUUCCGCCAGGCAACGUCAUCACCGUGCAGACAAAUGGAGGAUUCCUCAAUGUCUGGAUGACGGCUUCUGCACAGGACUUCAAUCAAACCGAAGGUUUGUGUGGAUCCUACGACGGCAACAUUGCCAACGAUUUGUCUACACCACUGGGAGACAUUAUUCCACUAUCAGGCAGAUAUGCUAACGCAUUCUCCACAUCUUGGCGAGAAAACACCACCACCUCGAUCUACAAAGGUAUUUGCCCUGACACCUCAUCCCAGCUACCCACUGAUGAUGAAAUUUACUGUGAAUGUUCGCGGGAAUGGGAGAACAAGUGCGGAAUCAAUUACGAUUCCAUCGUCUGUCCUGACCAGCAAAAGACCACUAGUAGUUCUGACGUCACGGAUUAUUAUGUGGAAAAGGCCAAGACACCUGACUUCUGUAAAACGCCAAAUACAGAAACAGAAUUCGAGUUCGACGAAACAUGGAUCCCCAUACCGCCAACAUGGCCGACACCGAAUGGAACAACAGAGGCAGAGGCAACGAAAUACUGUAACGAUUACGUACAGGCAACGGCGGCAGCGGAGAAAUGUGGCGCCAUCAUCGCUGACAACAUGAUACUUGACAUUGAAGGAUGCAUUGAGGAUAUCAAGUUGACCGACGACAAAACCUGGGCGGAGGUUGCAGUGGCGUCGGUGAAACAGGCAUGCGCAACUAUGAUCGAGUUUGACGUCACGAUGUGGGUGGCCACAACCGAUGGUAACCUCAUUCCCCCAACAGGCAUUACUGAUUCACUUUGCCUGAACGACUGUAGCAGUAAAGGAACCUGCAAACAAGGUAUCUGUCAAUGCAACAGUGGCUUCGUCGGCCCUGAUUGUUCCAUCAACAUCAAUGACCCACCCAUUGUGAUAACCAUACCAAAUGGUGGACUCUGUGAAGCUACUAAGAAUUGUAAGAAUAUUCCUGUUUAUGGUGAGAAGUUUGUGGAGUCACCGCAACUAACCUGUCACAUACAGAGUAUCAAGAUCUCCGAUACCAAGUAUGAGACGGUAGGAGCAGUCAAAACAGUUAAAGGUCAAUUCGUCAAUUUUAACCAAGUAGAAUGCGAGGCUGAUUUCAGUAGCUUCCGGUCUACACUCGGCAACAGUUGUACAGUUGCCAUUAGCAACAAUGGCGUAACAACGAGCGUCAAGAAGGUCAUUUACAUCAUCUAUAAUCCUAUGUGCCAGAUUUGUGAAACUGCCAGUGGAACUUGCAUUAUUAAGGAUCAGACUUGUCGGAUAAACGGUAUAUGCUACAAGGAAGGUGAUGACAACCCAGCUGACCCGAACUUCGGCUGUUUUUCUGGUAUAGAUAAAACACAAUGGACACACAAGUCAAAGCUAUUGACCCAUGUGAAUGUACAUUUUGAGAUAGAAGUGAAUAUCAUCAUCACGCAGCAAUUCAACAUCACCGUGGUUGGCGCUUCUCCACAAAUUGUGACUGGUCAAACCGGAAAUGGAUGGUUCCUCAAUGGAAGUUGUUUGGACUUUGGUACAAGUACCGAUCCCUGCUUCAAUGACAUCGACCAGUGCAAACAAGGCAUAACCGUAUCAUUUUGGGUAAAGUUCGACUCCAUCGCCGAGAACACCUACAUCAUUUCAAACGGUGGCCAAUCAACAGUUGGGAAAGGAUUUGCCAUGUUGUAUCGGUACGGGCAACUGCAAGUCAUGUUCAAGAAUUCAAAACAGGCGUGGUAUCUGCCAUGCGGUAGUCUGCAGACCCAGAAGUGGACGUUGUUUGAGAUGUCUUGGCACGAGACGAAAGGAUUGUUGGUCUAUAUUGAUAGAGCGAUAGUACAACAGCAGGUUAUUAUCCAGAGCCAAACAGAGAUUAUACAAAGUGGAAUCUUCAGUAACCUCAUGUUUGGCUGUCCCAGCCCAUCCGUCGUAGACUAUUCUCCAAUUGUAGUUACCAUUGAUGAGUACCAGAUGUGGACAGUCAGCAUUGAUAUUCUGAUUACAAUGCAAAUAGUCGGCGACAGAGUGACAACAGCAGCACCAACUACCACCUCCACUACAACCACCACCACACCUUCAACAACUAGUACUAUGACUACUCAACCAACUUCUCACACAACUACCGCCCCGUCUUCAACGACGACCACUACAAUGGAGCCGCCAACAACAACCCUCUACAUUGGGAGCACUUCGCGACCAACUUGCCCAUCUUGGUGCAUGGGCGGUGGAGGCUUCCCUACCAUCAACAAGCAUCCGAAUUUGACCUACGAAACGACCGCAAAGCAAGGAAUCAAGUUCGACUGCAACCUUCCUCCAGUAUCAGAGCAGAAUGUCGAGUACCAGGUGGAGUGGUUGUCCGGUGGUGAGGUGAUUCACACGGAAGCCUGGGCAGAGGCGACCAUGACAUGGGGGAAGGUCUCAUUCGACGUGGACCAACAUCCGCAGGCAAAAUUGGGAACAAACUUUUACUGCCAGAUCAAAGCGAGAUACGGAGGACAGUGUAAAGGCACCCCCAGCAUGCCAUUAAUCAGUAACAAAUUCAUUGCAAAGAUUGAGGUUCUAACAACGUACCUUGAAGUAAUUGAAGGACUUACGUGGAAAAUCAUUAAGGUAAAAUUCGGGGCGCCGCCAAUAUUCUUCUGCGAUCGAUCGACAAUCAAUGCCAGUGACUGUGUCUUAAGACUAGAAGCAAUAUUUGAGAUCAGGAGCCGGGAGUAUAGGUGUCGUAAUGGAAACAUGAUCCAUCAGGCCGUCGUUGGUUGGGGAGAAACAGACGUCACAGUUGAAAACGCAUUCUGUGGCAUUCUGAUCACGAAUGAAAACUGGCAACAGGAGUUGCACCUGAAGAUUAAGGCGAAGAUCGACGGGAAGUAUGACGGAAACCAGAUAAGGAAGUGUGACGUGGUCAUCAAACAGAUCCACCAAUUACAAGUCGUCAAGACAACGUUCAUAAGCACAGUAACGGUCAAGAUUAUUAACAGGGAUUUCCGUUCCAUCUGCUCUUCCGUAAAUGACCCACAUAUGAAGACAUUCGACGGAUCGCGUUAUGAUAAUUUUAAUACCGGAGAAUUCAUCAUCUACAGACACAAAACUCGCAAGAUACAGGUGAACGGUUUCUAUGUCAAAUGCAGCGCUCGCUCGAGGGCCACGUGUAACUGUGGGGCUGCCGUUAUGGUGGGCGAUGAUGUGGUUGUGUUCAACAAGUGUCAACGGUCUAACAAAGGCAGAAUCCCCUUCAUGGUCUACAUGUUUAAGAAUGGCCAAUUCACCAACGGGACAAGGGUCAUCCGCAUUGGCUGUGGCAACAAAUACGAGGUCCAUUUACCUACCGGAACCUAUGUCACAGUCGCAGCCCAUGGUAACUUCAUAAACAUCUGGGUUUCCCCUUCUGCAGCCGACUACAAUCAGACCGAAGGUUUAUGUGGACUUUAUGACCAGAACAGGCGUAAUGACUUGGUGAAACCUGAUGGUUCAAUAGUGUGGCCAAUUAGAGGAAGACCAGAUGCAUUUUCCUUGAGUUGGAGGGUAACUGAGGCUCGAUCUAUUUUCUAUGGUGUUAAGAGGGACUUCACAUAUGAGUACGAACCAGUUUGGUGUGAUUGCUCCUACCGGACUCAGACAUGUGGUCGCCACUUCGAUGUGGAGCUGUGUGAUUUGGCGUACAGGAAAGGCACUGAUGUGACUCAGCUGUUAAUAGAGGACGCUCUUGUUCCCAAUCCACCGGGUGGACGAAAGAGGCGAGCGGCACCAAUACACACGGACAACGACGCCUACAAACCGAUCGAAUUCCAAAAGGACUUUGUUGCCGGGAAUGUUACGUGGCCGACAGAAAGUGGAUGGACCGAAGAAAAUGCGACCGCAUACUGCACGGACUACAUCACUAAUACCCAGGCGGCAAAGAACUGUGGAAAGUUGCUCAAUGACAGCUUCAGUGAUGAGAUCGCUUCUUGUGUCAUGGACAUCAAGGUCAGCGACGACAACUCGUGGGCACAGGCAGCCUUGGACUCCAUCACCCAAGACUGCACCUCAGAAGCGAACAAGUAUGCUGCAGAAAGCGAUAACAGCACAAAUUCAACGGCCGAAGUACAAUUGCCCGGUGGUGUCACCUUGGAUGAGCUAGAGAGCUCAUUGUGCCCACAGAACUGCAGCGGAAAUGGAACGUGUGAGGGAGGUCGCUGUGUUUGCUUUACGGACUAUUACGGUGAUGCAUGCGAAUUGAGUAAAUCGGAUGUCCCCGAACUUUCAAACAUGCAACGAAAUGGCUUGUGUGACGUCAGAGCACGUGACUGCAGCACCAGCAUCAUUUAUGGUACUAAGUUUAUAGAAUCCCCGGACCUCACCUGCAAAGUUGCGAUUUAUAAUCUCGACUCCAAUACCGAGGGCAAAACGUCUUUAACGAAAGGGACGUACGUUAAUGUUGACCAAGUAAUAUGCACUCAUGCGUUAGCCAAGACAUCAAGCCAAAACAGCUUCAUGGUAUCGGUCAGCAACGAUGGUCGAACAUUCAGCACGGAAGCGCUGCUUUUCGUUAGCUACGAUUCUGUCUGCUAUACCUGCACAAUAGCGAAUAAUAAGGGAUCUUGUCAAUUCACAAGCACUGGGUGUGAAAUCGAAGGAAAGUGUUACCUUUCGAAGGCUCCAAACCCUACAGACAAAUGCCGAAUCUGUGAUCCUUCCGUCUCUAUCAAUACGUGGAUACCUAACCCGAGCGAGGAUUGUAAGGCCGAUACGUCAGCGUUGACGGGAACUGAUAUCGUCGUUAUUUGUGUCGUUGCCGGUGUGCUGAUUCUCCUGCUCUUGAUAACAAUCAUCUAUACCAAAUGCAUCAGAGAGCAACCCAAGAAGAUAGAAAAUCCCAGCGGCCCGCCAGUGAAGUUUGUGAAAGGGAAAUAUACGGGGUCAACGCGACCACCAUCCGAAUCAUACAGCAUGAAAAGUGAAACAAGUAAUAUUGCGAUAAGCAAUCCAGCCUUCGAUUUCGAACAAAGCUUUGAUGAAUCAGAGUUCAACAUACGAAUGUGAAAGAAAGAGACAAAAAUUAAAAAUAUUUACGCAUGACGCUGGAAUUUUAUGUAAGCAGUGUUGUGACACGUUCAUUCCGACCUGACUGUCAUAUUACUCUUGCUACUACUCCAUUUGGUGAAAAUGCAAUAUGUACUUAAAUAUAAACUGAUGGAAAUAAAAUAUUAUUUGUAAUGUUGUACAUGUAUAUAAAUUUGUGCAUGCUAGCUUACUAUCGGAUUCAAGUCACCAUGCAUAUUCAUUGCGACAUAGGCCCCAGUCAGUAGAAAAAAGACGCAGUACCCCAAGCAGGUACGGGCCUGGAUGACAUUAUUUAUCCACAAAGUUGGUAAAUAAAUGUGUGCCAGAAUUGUUGCUGGUGCUUUUUUUAGCCUUCUUUGAAUUUUUCAGGACCAUACAUCAAUAUUUAUCAAUAAGCACAAUAAAGAGUUAUGGAAGGAUUCCUUACCUGUCGCUGAGAUUUCUCAGUAAUGUUGUUUA